AUGGCAAAUAAAAAUUUAACGACGCCUCUGACGCAGAACGUCGAAAGUGAAAAUUUCGAUGACGCCACAAGUGGAGAAAUUAAAUCUAAUGCAUUUAGACUUGAUCACGAAUACGCAGCUGAAGUGGAGGAUGUCAUUAUCAACCCGCCUAGAGAAAAUAAAUAUGAAACUCUUAAAUCUGAAUUGAUUCGUCGACUUUCCGCAUCCCAAGAACAGAAGGUAAAACAGCUUUUAAUGCACGAAGAGCUCGGAAGUCGCAAACCGUCACAAUUUUUGCGUCAUCUUAUUCAUCUAGCAGGUCCUAGUGUUUCCGAAAAUUUUAUACGCACAAUUUGGUUAAGUAGACUGCCUCAAAAUAUGCAGGCCAUUGUUGCAUCAAAUGCUGAGACGCCCUUAGAUAAAUUGUCUGAAUUAGCUGACAAAAUAAAUGACAUCUUGCCUCGAGGACACUUAAACGAAGUUUCCCCAUCGACAUCUUCCUGCCCACCGCAACAAAUUCCUACACCCUACGCUGCUAUGGAAGCAAUGGCCAUUCAGAUCGCGGAGCUAACGAAACAAGUUUCUGUAUUAACAACACAGAUGAACAGGCAAAGCAGAUCCUCGUCACGCAACAGGCGAUUUAGGUUCCGUUCACGAUCUCGGUCGCGCUCAGACAGAGUGCCUCACCACAAAAACGACCAAAUAGAAGCCAUCAAAACUGUUAAUGGUAGUUCAAAGUAUCACGAAUUACUUCGUCAAUACCCUACCAUAACGAAACCGGCUGGAACGACCACAGAACCCAAACACAACAGCAAACAUCACAUUCGCGUUAGUCCAGGACCUCCAGUAGCAGCACGACCUCGUCGUUUAGCUCCUGAUAGACUCCUUAUAGCUAAAAAGGAAUUCGAGGAAAUGUUGAAGAACGGCACAGCACGACGCUCAGAAAGCUCUUGGUCUUCAGCACUACACUUAGUGCGCAAAAAAGACGACGGCUGGAGGCCUUGUGGUGAUUACCGAUCGUUAAACGCACGAACCAUCCCGGAUCGCUACCCACUCAGAAACAUUCAAGAUUUUGCUCAUCAGCUAGCUGGUUGUAAUAUAUACAGCAAAUUAGAUCUAGUGAAGGCUUACAACCAGAUUCCCGUAGUUGAGAGUGAUAUUGAAAAGACAGCGAUCACGACUCCGUUUGGGUUGUUCGAGUUCCCAUUUAUGAUGUUUGGCCUCAGGAACGCAGCCCAGACGUUCCAAAGAUUCAUAGAUGAGGUGCUUCAAGGACUAGAUUUCACAUUUGGAUAUCUUGACGAUAUAUUAAUAUUCUCACAUUCAGAAGAAGAGCACAUGGAACAGCUCAAGACACUUUUCCGCCGACUUGAAAAGUACGGAGUACUUAUAAAUACUUCUAAAAGCAUACUAGGUGUCAAAGAAGUAGACUUUUUGGGUUACCACAUUUCAGUGCAGGGAACUCGUCCAAUGGAGACGAAGGUAGCUGCAAUCAAAGACUUCCCAAUACCUAAAACAACUAGAGAACUCCGAAGAUUCCUCGGUAUGCUAAACUAUUACCGUAGGUGUUUGAAGGAUGCAGCAAGUACUCAAGCUCCACUUCUUGAUGCAUUAUGUGGCAAAAAUAUUAAAGGCUCCAAACCUAUAGUCAUGACCCCCGAGAUGCUGAAGGCAUUCGAAGAUUGUAAAUCCUCGCUCUCUGAUGCCACCAUGCUAGCACAUCCAAAUCCUCACGCAGGAUUAUCACUCUACACUGACGCAUCUGAUAAGGCCAUAGGAGCCAUCCUACAGCAAAAAGUGAAAAACUGCUGGGAACCCCUAGCGUUUUUCUCCAGGAAACUUACGUCAGCACAGAAGAAAUACAGUCCAUAUGACAGAGAACUACUGGCAAUAUACGAAUCUAUCAAAUACUUUCGUUUUAUGGUCGAAGCCAGGCAUUUUACGGUGUACACCGACCACAAACCUAUCACCUUUGCGUUUGUCACCAAAAGAGACAACUGUUCUCCACGCCAACACCGAUACUUAAGCUUCAUAUCUCAAUUUACCACGGAUAUCAAGCACGUGUCAGGCUGUGAUAAAACUGUUGCUGAUGCGUUGUCACGAAUUGAGGCUAUAUCUGAAAUACUUAAUUAUGAAGAUCUUGCAAACGAUCAGAACUCAGACCCUGAACUGCAGAAUCUAAUUAACAAGGGAACAGCGCUUCGAUUAGAAAAGAUCAAGUCACCCGAAGCUACAAUAUAUUGUGAUGUAUCUACACAUACUCCGAGGCCAUAUAUUACUCCACAAUUCAGAAGACAAGUCUUCUCCCAAAUGCACAACCUUAGUCAUCCCGGAGCUUCAGCCACAGCAAAACUCGUCUCCGAAAGAUUCGUGUGGCCCGGUGUUCGUCGAGACUGCAAGGAAUGGACGAAACAAUGCACAGAUUGCCAACGCAGCAAAAUCAACCGCCAUACCUCUUCACCUUACUCCACUUUCCCUACUCCAUCACAACGUUUCUCCCAUAUCCACAUGGAUAUAGUAGGGCCGUUACCGCUUUCUUCUUGUUACAGGUACUGUCUCACCGUCAUCGACAGAUAUACUCGAUGGCCUGAGGCCUACCCAUUAGAAGAAAUUACGGCGGAAACAUGCGCCAAAACAUUCAUCAGCGGCUGGGUAGCCCAUUUCGGAUGCCCACAGAAGAUCACCACAGACCGGGGACGGCAGUUCGAGUCAAAAUUAUUCCAGACCGUCGCAUCGCUCAUCGGUGCCAAGGUGACUAUAACCACUUCAUACCACCCACAAAGCAACGGUAUGGUAGAAAGGCUACAUCGGCAGAUAAAAAAUGCAAUUAGGUGCCACAAUAACCCGCAGUGGACAGAAAUCCUUCCACUAGUGCUUCUAGGUAUGAGAAGCGCCUGGAAAGAGGACCUCAAAACAUCAACCGCAGAAUUGGUAUACGGAGAACCUCUACGAUUACCAGGGGAGUUCUUCGUUCCCUCACCAGACUUCACCGCUGACAUCAAGGAUUUUGCAUCUCGCCUUCGACGGCACAUGGCUAAUUUAACACCUCGCCCAGCUAAAUGGCACGGAACUAAAACUUUCUACAUCCCUAAAGAUCUUCAGACGGCAGAAUACGUUUUCUUGCGUCAGGGACCAGCUACACCAUCAUUGGAACCUCCUUAUUCAGGCCCAUAUAAAGUCCUGGAAAGGGGCCCUAAGACCUUCAAAUUAAUGGUCAAAGGUACAGAAAGUACGGUUACUAUCGACCGACUCAAACCUGCUUACCUUCACAGCAGUGGAUCACCUGCUUAUCCAGAGGAAAUAACACACACAGAAAAGGAAGCCCAGGCCCCCACAACGGAUCAAAGUGAAAGUACUCUGAAGAAAACAAAUAGCGGCAGAGUAGUGCGCUUCCCAGAUUACUAUCGCCCGUGA